CGGACACGCGCCGUCGCUGCUUUAAAGGUCGCACGCGCACGGCUCGCGACUCAGAUUUUCGUAUCAACUCAUCUGAUAAGAAGCAGGAAGCAAGAAAUCCCAGCCAAGCGUUAAACUGCCCUUUUGGUGACAACGCAUUUGAAGACAAUACAAAAAUGCCUCGUUCAUUCCUUGUCAAGAAGCGCGCAAGAGACAUUACUUUUGCCAAAAUUGAUGCCAAACCUGAUGACGAAAUUGGAAAUGAUGAGCGACCGACAACGAUGUUCGAGUCCUCGGAUCUAAAGCUCAGAGAUUGCAAGGUCGCAACUCUAAAAUGUCCAGGAAAAGAAUCAAGCAUGAAGGCGGACGGAAUCAAACUGAUUAAGCCAAAGCCAACAUUUCCAUUUUCAUUCGAAACGUACAAGCGAGCAAUCGAAGAGCCAGCAUUAUUCCCUUUUGCCAUCCCGAACUUCUGGAGCGAUGUGCAUAGUGAGUAUGAUAACAUGUGGCUUAAAAAGCCAUACAGACCAAACUCAACAGGCAGCACAGAUUCACAAGACGACAUUAUACCAUCACCCACUUCUAGUGAACAUAGUCUGAGCUCUGCUUUCAGCUUGAGCUCACAGGAGAAAGUAAAUGGGUUUGACAACUGGGGAUUCGCGUCCGCCAUAAGGCUGCAGCAGUUAGCUGCGCGGGAAGACGAAUGUAACAAGCCUCGCAAGAAGCGGAACAGCGGCUUGAAAGUUUUCACCUGCGAAGUUUGCGGUAAGGUUUUCAACGCUCAUUAUAAUCUGACUCGUCACAUGCCUGUACACACAGGGGCACGCCCUUUCAAGUGCAAGACUUGUGGCAAAGGGUUUCGACAGGCAAGUACUCUAUGUAGACAUAAAAUAAUACACACAAAAGAAAAGCCGCACAAGUGCAAGGAAUGUGGAAAGGCCUUCAAUCGAUCUUCAACAUUGAACACUCAUAUGAGGAUACACGCGGGUUACCGUCCUUUUACGUGCGAAAUCUGCGGGAAAGGCUUUCACCAGAAAGGUAACUACAAGAACCAUCGACUGACUCACACUGGAGAAAAACCAUUCAAGUGUCAUAUCUGCUCGAAAGCAUUUCACCAGGUAUACAACCUUACUUUUCACAUGCACACCCACAAUGAAAACAAGCCGUAUACAUGUCAACUAUGCGGCAAAGGCUUCUGCAGGAACUUCGACUUAAAGAAACACGUUAGAAAGAUGCACGGAGAAGAUCAACUAACCAUUGCAAUCAAACAAGAUCGACACGAGCAGCCAAGGAAUCUUCUGUCUCUCCAGUCGAACAAAUACUUUUCAUCUUUUAACUAAUUGAAAAUAAAUAUCUGAAAACUGCAGUUUGUGUGCGAUUUAUUUCGUAUUUUAAAUUUUGUAUAUAAACUAAAGAUAUCUAUUCAAUGUAGCGCUUUAAAGUUGGCUGUGACAUUGUGUCACUCUGCGACAAGUGUAAUUUUUGCACGAUUAGUAGUCAUUCGUACCCUACUCUAAUGAUCAAAUCGAUUAAGCUCCCAGGAAAAAAUCGAUAUUUGAAAAGUGCAGUUUCAGAAAUCUUCAGGUUUUGUUAAAAAUUUAAAAUAGCAAAAUAAACAGUCAGAUUGUUUGGUAAGUUUGAAAUUAUUUGAAAAUUGAUACUCUCAAAAAUACUUCAGGCCGGAAGACAAACUAAAAAGGCAUUUUUUUGAUUACCCCCAUAAAGCUUUUAAGGAUACUUAAAUUUAUUUCGGAGUUGUCAAGUUUGACUGCAUUGCAUACCUGAAGAAUGCUGCAUGGCAUACCAUACCAAACUGAUGGUAACAUCAUUUCUUGUAUUUAACGUCGAAAGAACAGAUUAAAUCAAUGUUUUACCAAUUUUAAUAUCUUAAAUCGAAAGAAUCUAUUAAUAGUUAGAUUAGGCUCUAUCAUACGAUAGUAUUAUCAUUAUUAUGCUCUAUCAUACGAUUGAAUUGUCAUUAUUAUGUCUGAUAUGCGAGAUAUUGACCAUUGCUAAUUAGAGCAAAAUAUUUUUAAAUAGAUGAAUAGAAUAAUUUCUUCAAAUAUAUAGAUUAUCAAAUUAUCAAAGUAUUGGUAUUGUAGAAAUUUUUUUUAAUAUGCGUGCAAAUCAAGAUUUUAGCACAUCUGUAAAUAUACAUUUAUGUAGAAGAGUGAGUAUUACAAGAGUAUAUCAAAGAAUGCCUGAUUUUUG